UCAUUAAAACUAACCUUUGUCUUCAAUUCCUCUUUGAUACACUCCAGAUCUGCUUCCUUCAUGAUAAAGGAUCAUUCCUAAACAAAGAGCGGUCCCAGCAACUAAUGGAACCACUUGUUGAACAGAUAACUAAUACGUUAAGUUCUGAAGAUCAUGAGUUGUACUUGACUUUAAUGAGGUCUCAUUUGAGUCCUUGCAUUGCUCAGUUGGCAGUGGCUACCUCCAGUGGAGAGACUCAAUGGAAGAAACUGAACCAACAGCUCCUAAUCAAAACAAGGGAGAGCAAGCCAAUGGUGAGGCUGUGUGCUCUACAGAUUGCUGGCUCAAUGUAUUCUAAAUUGGGAUCAGAAGUGAACGUUAUUCUACCUGAAAUAAUACCAUUCCUCUCUGAAUUAAUGGAAGAUGAGUGUGAAGAUGUUGAAAAGGAAGUCCAAGAGACCAUAAAGUCAAUAGAGGCAGUGACUGGGGAAUCAGUACAACAAUAUCUUUGAAAUUAAUA